CUGUGAAAAUAAGCUGCACCUAUUAGAAUUGCAGUUGCAAGCGAGUAGUCGUGUUGCACAGUAAAAUGUUCAAUGUGAAUCCCAUUUUCGCGGAGCCAGAAGCCAACGAGAAUCUUUCGAACGUCGGAGACGACGACAUUUUGCGCCAACGCUUUAGUCAGUUCCAAGAGCAAAAGUUAGUGGAAAAAUUCUGCCGCGAGACACAUUUGCUGAAAAUAGUCGAAGGGACCGUUGCAUCAUUCAUCGAGGACUACAGACGCAUACGCACACCCGAAAAACUGCUGACGCCAUUGCUGCUGCGCCUCGACUUUAUCUACGCUGAUCUGUUGACGCAUGCUCCAUCGCUGUUGCCGCUCAUAGUCGAAGAGCCCCUGCAGUUUGGCCUAGCCGUCAAGUAUUCGGUGUACGGCCUAGUGCGGGACCAAUUGAAGGUAGCCGGCCUCAAGCCAAUCGACAUUGGCCAGUUGCACGCACAGUGGCGCGUCGUGGGGCUGCCCUACAGUCCCAAUUUGCUGUUCGAUCCGGCCGCGAAUUCGCUACGCCUCGGCCUGUCCCUGGUCCAGGGCAUCCUUUCGGCCUAUACCCCAACUGAGACACUGGUCCUCCAAUCGACUUGGUACUGCGGCAGCGGGUGCAUGCGCAACGCACUGCAGACCAGCGCCACAGAUGCGCCAUUGUGCCCCAAUUGCUCGCGGCCCAUGAGUGAAUACCAAAAAUUGAGAGUAACAGAGACCUAUCGCCUGCUAGCCAUUCUGCCCAGCUCCUGCGUUCAGACGCCGCGCUCCGUUGACCGUAUCCAUCGCCCUACCAUAGUGCGGCUUAGAGCCUAUGCCUACACCUGCGACCUGAAGUUGGGAGCCAAAUACCUAAUCACUGGGCAUUUUUCCGGAUCUACGAAUUACAGCUUUGAAGCAUGUCAUCUAAAAAGCGCCUAG